AGUGGAGGCAGUCAUGGAGGGGAGCAAGGCGGAUGCGGCGGCGGAGGCAGCGGCGUUUGGGUUCCCUUCUCCGGUGCGGCCGGGCGCGACGCGGGUGGGGUGGGUCGGCAUCGGCGUCAUGGGUGGCGCCAUGGCCGCGCGCCUCCUCGCCGCUGGGUUCGCGGUGACCACGUACGCGCGCACGCCGGCAAAGGCCGAGGCCCUAGUCGCUGCCGGCGCGAGGCUUGUGGACUCUCCGGCCGCCGUGGCUGCGGCGUCCGACGUGGUGUUCACCAUGGUUGGGAACCCCCGUGAUGUCCGUGCGGUCGUCCUGGACGCUGUCUCCGGUGUUCUCGCUGGCCUCUGUCCCGCCGGCGUGGUUGUGGACUGCACGAGCUCAUCCCCUUCCCUCGCGCGCGAGGUCGCGGCGGCGGCGCGCGCCGCCGGGUGCUACGCCGUGGACUCCCCGGUCUCCGGCGGCGACGUCGGCGCCCGCGACGGCACGCUUGCCAUCCUCGCUGGUGGCGACGAGGCGGUGGUUAACUGGCUCGCCCCGCUCUUCGCCCAUCUCGGCAGGCCGACCUACAUGGGUCCUCCCGGCAGCGGCCAGAGCAGCAAGAUCGCCAACCAGAUCGCGGUGGCCGGGGCGGUGGUCGGCACCAGCGAGGCACUGGCGUUCGCCAACGCCGCUGGGCUCGACGCGCCGCUGUUCCUCGACGCGGUGUCCAAGGGCGCGGCGGGCUCGCGCGUCAUGGACAUCUUCGGCGAGCGCAUGCUGAACCGUGAGUUCGUGUCCGGCGGCGCCGUGAGAUACAUCAUCAAGGACCUUGGCAUGGCGCUGGAGACCGAGGAGGGACCAGAGGGGGCCAAGGCGCUGCCAGGGGCAGCGAUAUUCCGCCAGAUGUUCUCCGCGAUGGCGUCGAAUGGCGACGGCGACCUGGGCAUGCAUGCAUUGAUCACCGUCGUUGAGCGCCUCAACGGCAUUCGCAAGUGCAAUCUUAUCUCUUUCCCUCCAAAAAAAAAAACUUCAGAAGAGGAGAGUGGCACAGGAGCAAGAAUGGCGGCGGCAGGCUCGCUCGGACUUCUCCAGGUGCCGUCUUUCACGGCGAGCCGGCCAGCUGCACGGCGAGCUCUGUUCGCCGUGAGAGCCUCGGCUGCUGAUGCCACCAAGGACUCCGUCCUCAAGGCCUUCCGCGAGAAGAGAGCUCUCAAGAUCAUUUCAGGGCUUCAGAAUUUCGACAGGAGCAGUGUUGCCUCUGUUGUCUCAGCUGCAGAUAAGGGAGGUGCCACCCAUGUUGAUAUAGCAUGUGACCAAGACUUAGUAAAGCUUGCUCUCGAGCUAACUUCUCUUCCGAUUUGUGUCUCCUCCGUAGAUCCUUCAGCGUUCCAUUCUGCAGUAGAAGCUGGCGCAAAGAUGAUUGAGAUUGGAAACUAUGAUUCUUUUUAUGACACAGGCAUCGAAUUCUCUUCUGAGAAGAUCUUAAAGCUGACCAGGGAGACAAGGGGAAUGCUUCCGGAUAUCACACUGUCCGUGACAGUUCCGCAUACCCUGAGCCUACCAGAUCAGGUAAGACUUGCAGAGCUACUCGAAGAGGAAGGCGCUGAUAUCAUCCAAACUGAAGGAGGAAAGUGUUCUAGUCCAACAAAUCCUGGAGUGCUUGGAUUAAUUGAAAAGGCAACACCAACUUUGGCUGCUGCAUACUCUAUCUCUCGGGCUGUCAGCAUUCCAGUGAUGUGUGCAUCAGGGCUAAGUUCAGUGACUGCACCAAUGGCAGUAACUGCAGGAGCUGCUGGUGUGGGGGUUGGUUCUGCUGUCAACAAACUUAACGAUGUCGUCGCAAUGGUCGCUGAGGUGAAAAGUAUCGCAGAAGCAUUGGGUUUGCCUUCAAGGAACGUGCCUAACAACUUGAGAACAGUUCACCAUUAGUGCUAGUGACCUCCUUUUCUAGUGCCAGUAAUUAGUAAUAAGAAAUACAAAGAUGCAGACAUGCAGUAGCUUAACAUGUUUUUCUUUGUCUGCUGCCUUUUGUAACAUACAAUGCAAUGCAGAGGUGCUCAUCGAGUCAAUAUCACCAGUCAGGUCAUCUUUUGUAAUGUCUCUUUUGCUAGUGGACUAUGAUCAAGUUUCAGUUUCGGAUAUGUGAAUUUCUUGAUAAGAUAUUCUGUGCAUUCAAUUGUCA